AUGUCAUCCGAUAAUCUCAAGAAGAAUGGCGAGCCAUCUACCUCCUCACAAACUCUCAGAACCCUCCCGUUUGAGACAUUGCCUCCAUCGAUCCUGGACCCCAUCCAGACCGACUACUUCGAGACCCUUGACCCAGCAUUGAUCAAGCAAGAGUUACACGAUGUACUCGGGGCCAAUGGAUUACCUUACUGGAAAGCCAUGAACGGUUACCUUCUGGGGCAGUUAGGUAGAGCGGAAGUUUUGGAUAUGAUACGAGGCUUCUUGAAGGGGAAAGAUUUAACACUUCACAAUCGUCUUCUCAUGUCUCUUUUACAAUCCGCUUCUGAUCCUUCUUCAUUGUCGCCAGGAGCUCUUUUGAGAAAGCGAAGAAGAGCAGGUGAACAAGACGGGUUCGACAUGGAUGACACUCAUAUCGAACCUUCCACUCGUGUACAGACUUGGUUGUCGGGUAUCACAGCUCGUGACAGAGUACGUAUACGACGUACUGUACUUGGGCAAGAUAAGGAGAACGGUGUUAAUGAGGAUGGGGAUGGGGAUGGUGCCUCAACGAAUGGUAUAUCGAAGAAUAAACGUAAUCCCUUUUCCCAAGCUAUUCUACCACGACUUGCGCCAUCUCAACGUCUUCUUCCCUCCUCCAUACAACUGUAUCAACGUCUGUCCACACUUGCCCAAGCAUCCGGCCUCACACUAGCUCCGGAAGGAGAACACGACAUCGGCGAGUUCAUGGCUGUCAGUAUGGACGCUCAUCUUUCCGACGUUUUACAUUCCCUCGUACAUCUCACAGGGAGAAACACACCCGGCACAAUCCGUCUUGGUCGUAAACGUCGACGAUCUCACUCCUCAGAUGAGGUCACUCCUGAACCAUUCGUGGAUGGAUAUAUCCCAAAACCCGACUUGUCGUCGUUGCAAUCACUCUUCACUUUGGCUCCUGGUCUGCAUCCUCAGGCUUCUCCGGCGUUGUACAAAUUGUCAAGCUCUCUCGCGGAAUCGCAGAAAGAGAAUCAGGCGGGAGGGGUAGAUGGAGUGUACACGGACAGGAGAACAGCAAGAAGGACAGACGGUAUGAAGAGUCCUGAUAGGUCUUUCUCGGGGAAUCCACAGGAUGCCAAAGUGGCUGAGCUGGCAGAGAAGGGUUUACUCAAGGUGGAUAAGGCCGGCAGGCAGAGCGAGGCGGGGGAGGAAGGAGGAAAGAAGGCGAAGAAACACACGUUGCAUUGGCUGUAUGAGGAUCCAGCAUUGAUACUCAAAGAUGUCAUGGGAUGAUGGAGAGCAUAUGCAUCGAUCGUGGUG